AUGUAUACAUUGCCCUUUUUCCCACAGCAUCACCCUGGUCUGUUUGUCGUUUUCUGUACCGUUUUGCAUGAGGCCGUGACCUGUUGUUUUCUUGUUGUUGUCGAAUGGGCGGCAAUGUUUGUGACUUGUAAUGUUACACAACUGGAUCAACAAUCUAUUUUGGACUUUUUCGAACAAGAGUUGAUUGAAGAUGCCGAGGUCGAUAGCGUUCUUCUGAUUGAGACACGAGCAAAAAACAAGGACGACUCUCCCGUGUUCGAGUUGGAUUGGGAACGGGCGGGAUCGAUUGAACCGGCAGCAAAGCGCGGUCGUGUAACCAAUUUAUUUGAUCAGGCUCCAUCGGAAUCAAAUGUGGCCAUGUCCGUCGCACCGGAUCGACUUCUUGUGGCUGCCACGCCUGAGACGAGUCCGGACAAGGAGGAUGCGCUCAAAGCGGGUGCAGGUGAGACACCCACCGUCGCUCAGGCUGAUGCCACCCUGGUCAACUUGGAGGAGGAUGAUACGUUUCUGUUGGCUGCUGCCGAAGCGGCUGAAGUUGCGUGGCUCACAGAAGGCUUAGCCCUUCUGAUUGGAGGACCUAUCAUUACCAGCUUGUAA